AUGUCCUACGACCCCAAGAUCGGAAACUCUUAUGUGCCCGAAUUCAUCAAGAAAAAAUGGCUGACAGGGUACUUCGGUAGCAUCUCCAGUGACCUUCUUCCAGAGAUGUUGAAGCUCUCCUUUUCCCAUAGCGCGGACCUGAAAAUCUAUGAUCCACUUCGCGACAAGCCUGAAAGUGCGACCCCAAGACGCCGCGGAACUCGUCCAAACUUCACUUCGUUCGCCACCCGAACCCCCUUCCCCGAAAUUGACUCCCGCACGGUACACCAAGACUUAUCCAACAUGCUACUCAGACUAGAGGCACGAGCGUCAGCCGUCAUAGACAGGAUCGAGACUGCUGUUCUCUUGGGCCACGCCUCUGUCAGUUUGACACAGGAAGACAAUGCCACUCUGCGCCACUUCCUCUACGUUGCCUCAUAUCGAAAACGUUCUCCAUUCGGGAGACGGCCACGGGGUGGUAUGAACACAACAGGAUUCUGCCAACUCGAUGAUUUGAUGGAAGAAACUGGGACAUCCGAACGGUCGUUGGUGUUCUACCGCAGUUUAUAUUACAUCCUGACGGACUCACCGGAAGAACUCCUCUCUCAAAAACGAGUACUUGGUGUUGACCGCGGCGCCUUCUUUUAUGACUGCGAAGAAAGGGAGUUAGCGAUAUACGUUGCGCCCGACUCGCACGGGUUUGUUCUCUCAGAGAACGGCAUGGGCCUCGCCGAAUGGGUUUGGCAGCUCGUGUGGCCUUGGACAUUUCUCGCGUCGCCUUUGCAGGCUCUACGACCGGCGAAAUGGCUUGAGCUUGCAGUCUUCUAUCCCAUCACCCCCCGUAUCCUCGUUGUGCUCCUGCCACCAAAAUCUCUUCGAGCAUCCGUGUCGGCCUAUCCUCAGCUUACAAUGCGAGCAGCUUGGGGCCCUUCGACCUAUUUUCGGACGUUCCCUAUUCCUAUAUCACCGCCCACCACAACCGAGAUUAGCAGCGGCCCUAUUCAAUUUCAGCUCCUGAAUUUGAGCGUCGAGCAAGUUUCACAGGUCAAUCGCUUUCUCAUCGAGUACUGUGACCCCAAGACCAAGGUCGCCUACUCUUCAUUCGAACAUCUCAAAACCUCCGUCGAGGGUUUCAGGAAGGACUCGAUCAUGCCCAUCACCUUCCCUCGGAAUGGACGACCGAAAUAUGCGAUGUUGAAAGACUGCCGAUGGACACACGCGACGAUACGGGUCGAGAAUCAUGUGGCGUUGAUCUUUCGGUGGUGGUUCUAUUUGUUUGGCUGGAUCUAUCCGAUCAUGGUCUACUAUGGAGUCUGGAGACUUGUGUCGAUAUUGUGCGCGUCCUGGUUUGGGAUGUCGUUGGGUCAGACUUUGUGGCGUGUCAUGAGCUACGCAUGGUCGAUUACGGUCGGGUGGCCUCUGAGCUUUGUCGCCAGCUGGCUUGCGCCCAAGUUCUUGUGGAGUCUUACAAAGAAGGUCUUGUAUUAUGGCCCGUGGUGUCUAGGAGUUGUUGUUAUAGGCAUAUUGUGGUUUGGAUAG